GACGAUUCGUUUAGUAGACAGUUGACAGUCGCCACGCCACACUGACAUUCCGAUGUAGCACUGAUAACAAAUAUCUAUUGAUGAUAAUUUUUUUGCUGACCCUCCCAGUUCCUGGGACGCGAACGAUAAACAAAAGUACUAAUGUGAUGUACACCCUAUGACUCAGUGGCAGUGUUUUAGUGCUGUGCAGUGUUCGAUGUGACUGGGGAACUAUUGAAUGUGUCGACUGUAAAGCAAUUUUUUUUUUCGUGAACUAAAGUUAACGCAGUUAUUCGAUGAUGACAUACGGACAGCCUACGAAAUCUUCAAAAAUGUAACAUGGCAAUCGAGGGAAGAAAAUGCUAACACAUGUCACAAAAGACGACGGCAACUCGUGAUGCGAAUGUUCACCGACUAGAAAAACGCGGCUCACACCGGCAGCGAUGCAAGAGAUAUGCAACACAGCUGCCCUGCCGCUCGACACUAAUCCACUCGUGCGCAAGAUAAAAUGCGAAGAAUUUCCAACUAUAAGAGGAAAACAGCCUACGAGAAUUGGCAUGGGGGUGCGCGAUGAGAUGGAAGAGGAUUUCGCCGUGAAAGCAAGGAACACACCGCCAAUCGGCCCCGUGCCCGGCCAGGAACACCCUCGGAUAGAACACGGCGGCAACAGCUUCUGGUUGGCUGCGGUAACGGCUGCUGGAGCACCACAUCCUAUGCUCGAAACAUGCACCGAAACUGGCUUCAUAAACAGCCAACCUUCAAUGGCCGAAUUUAUGACCGCCUUGCCUCAAUUAGGGGCCGGAGAACUAAGCCCUCAGCACACGCCACCCGGAUACGCACCGGAUCUGCCAUCUCCAGGAGGCGGCCUUAACGUACCCGAGUAUCCUUGGAUGAAAGAGAAAAAAACUACAAGAAAAAGCAGUCAACAAGAAAACGGUCUCCCCCGUCGUCUGCGAACGGCAUACACGAACACUCAACUACUGGAACUAGAAAAAGAAUUUCAUUUCAACAAAUACUUAUGUAGACCGAGAAGAAUUGAAAUUGCGGCCUCCCUGGAUCUUACUGAACGACAAGUAAAAGUUUGGUUUCAAAACAGGCGCAUGAAACACAAACGACAAACAUUAAGCAAAAGCGAGGACGGCGAUGACAAGGACUCCACUACGUCCGAAGGCGGGAAGAGCACGAAGGCAAGACUUGACAAAUUUCUAGAUGACGACGGACCACUUUCGGGCAAAAAAAGUUGUCAGGGCUGUGAAUUGCCUGCGGGCGCUUUAUGUUCUCCAGCAGAAGACCUACCGGAACUUACCUCUAGGACAAGAAAUAAUAACACACCUAGCGCAACCAACAAUAAUAGCUUUGGUAGCGACGGGGCCUCUAGUGUCACUUCGUCUUCUUCGCUCGAUAAAUUAGCAGAAGAAGAUUCUCGUGAUGACCCUACGCCGUCGAUGGUAACUACAACAAGGAACUUAGCGAAGAGAAUCAAGCAAGAAACUCGAAAGCGAUCUCCUUCACUAGACGCCGUUGGAUGUAAGGUGUCACCGUCAUCGUCAAAAGAUGGCCUCGGUACGGCGGCCGGUUUACCUGAUGGUGCGAAAUUCUCCUCAGUUAGUAUAACGCCAGCAUCAACACCAGGUACCCCAUCGAGCAUGCACCCCAGUCCAAUAGGUCAUUACCCUCGACCAUCACCUCCGAACGCACCACCAGGCCCACCCCUUCCCCAAGCGGUACCGAACGCUAUGCCGCCUUACGUCGUUAGGGGUAACGCACCCCCCGGUCAGUUUGUUACACAUCCCGAUUUCCGUAUGGACUCCAAACAGUUUGUCGGAAAACUCUCACCUUAUCCACAAAACAAUAGAACCUACGAAAACUAUGGACCCGGUCUGCAAUCUGCUGACCAACACACUUACUCUAGAAACCAACAACAUACGAGACAAGAGGGAUCUGCAUCUGCGAGAUCCGCAAAUGGCAUAGGUUCUCGGCCGGCUUAUCCCCACGAAAUGUAUCAAAAUUACGGAUAUCCGACUUACGGUAAAGAUCAAACGGGAUACGGUCACGCCGCAUACGAUCACGGCCAAUACGCCGGGGAACACAUGACGUAUGCGAAUAGCCAUGGCUACAGCUAUCACUAUCAUGAGGGCACGCAACACGAACACCCGCAUGGUUACUACGCUACAGAAGGUCAAAAAAAUGCACACAGCAACGAGUACACAAAAAACGCUUACUAUGAUGCGAACGUCUACAGUAAUCAACAAGCUCCGACUCCGAAUGCGGUCUAUGGACCAAAUGCACCUCAGGGCAGUACGUCGGGAGAGCAAUAUGGAGGCGAGUGUAGUGAUGGAUAUAGUUCCUUCCAACAAUUUUAUGAGGCGACUCAUGCUACACCUGCUGGCGACAACUCAAACUCUUCCUCGGACUUCCACUUCUUGAGCAAUCUCGCCAAUGACUUCGCUCCAGAAUAUUAUACCAUUUGAGAUAAGGAUUUCGCCGAGCAGGCGAAUGAUCUGUUCGUAUAGUAAUACGAUAUUACACGAAAGUGUAAAUUGUGGAAGUUUCAAUAGCAUGGUGAAAUUGAACUGGUUUCGCCCAAGGCGACAAGUAUUGUAUUUUCUGCUAAUUUUAAUCUAUGUAUUCAUCUUAGUAAAUAAUAUAAGUAAAUACUGUACUAGCAUUACGUAUACUUAUUUAAUAAUAAAAUGUAAUUAAUAUAAUUAAUGAUGUAAAUAAAUUGUUAGAACUAUGUAUUUCAUUAAAGAAACUACAUUAUAAA